CUUUUUUUUUCAAGAGAGGAAAUCCUAAGGAGAUGUGUGGGAUCACGCUCUGUGUUUCCAAGAAGCUUGGACGUUAUUAACUAUUUUCGUUGCUUUUACGUUAUUCGUGGCGUGUGUUGGCAGUUUUACGCCAUAACGGGUGUGGUGAGCCACCGCUAAAGGAGGGGGAAACGGGGGGGAAGCGACCGUCGUUGGGUCAAAAUGUCGAUUCAGUACGAGGAGCAGCUGUCUGACAGCUACGGGGUUACGGACUCGUUCCCCAAAGAUUUCGGGUAUGGCGGAGAGGAGGAGGCCGACAUCGAAGAGAGCCCGACCGCAUCCGAUAGCAAACCGAGAAUCCUGCUCAUGGGUUUGAGGCGAAGUGGGAAGUCGUCAAUACAAAAGGUAGUUUUCCACAAAAUGUCCCCCAACGAGACUUUGUUUCUGGAGAGCACCAAUAAAAUCUACAAGGACGACAUCUCCAGCAGCUCCUUCGUCAACUUCCAGAUCUGGGAUUUCCCUGGACAGGUUGACUUUUUCGACCCCACCUUCGACUACGCGAUGAUCUUCAGAGGAACUGGGGCUCUGAUAUUUGUCAUCGAUGCUCAGGAUGAUUACGUGGAGGCUCUGGACAGGCUCCAUCACACCGUCUCACAAGCCUACAGGGUCAAUCCGGACAUCAACUUCGAGGUGUUCAUCCACAAAGUGGAUGGCUUGUCGGACGACCAUAAAAUCGAAACGCAGAGGGACAUCCACCAGAGAGCCAACGACAACCUGGCAGACGCAAGUCUAGAGAAGCUGCAUCUCAGCUUCUAUUUGACGAGUAUAUAUGACCACUCCAUCUUUGAGGCCUUCAGCAAAGUGGUUCAGAAGCUCAUCCCACAGCUGCCCACCUUGGAGAACCUCUUAAAUAUCUUUAUUUCUAAUUCAGGCAUCGAGAAGGCUUUCCUGUUCGACGUGGUCAGUAAGAUCUACAUCGCCACAGACAGCUCUCCUGUGGACAUGCAGUCCUACGAGCUGUGCUGCGAUAUGAUUGAUGUGGUUAUUGACGUCUCUUGCAUCUAUGGCCUGAGAGAGGACGGCAGCGGCAGCGCCUACGAUAAAGAGUCCAUGGCCAUCAUUAAGCUCAACAACACCACUGUGCUUUACCUCAAAGAGGUCACCAAGUUCCUUGCCCUGGUCUGCAUCUUGAGAGAGGAGAGCUUUGAGCGCAAAGGACUAAUAGACUACAACUUCCACUGUUUCCGGAAGGCCAUCCAUGAAGUGUUCGAGGUGGGCGUGUCUGCUCAGCGGUCUUUAGGCCCUCAGGCGUUGGGCUCGCCCUGCAGCAAGGCUGUGGCUUUGAACGGCACGCCACGCAACACUCUGUAGACAUUUAUGGGGAAAAAAGAAAAAGAAAAUCAUAAAAAAGACUCAAUGGAGGAAGGACAGAUGAAAGGAGCCCGUAGAGGAGAGACUACAGAACCGAGGCUCACUCGUACACCAGACACAAUCCUUUCCUCCCAGCACCUAGAGCACAGAGGGAGAGGGGAGGGGGGCAUCUGUUUUAGGUGAAUGUAACUCUCGCUAAGUGGAGCUCGGAGUCCAAACCGCUCCCGGACAGGAGAAGCUUCUACAUCUUUCUAUGGAUCUCGUAAAGCCACCAGAAGUCUGUGAUAAUUAGCUGCUGUUUAUUAUUUGAACAAUACGAGGAAACGAAGCCCCGCCCCCACCGGACCCCAACACAUUCUGACCUCUGCUGGACUAACUGUGAUGUCAUGAUCUUGUCUAGCGACAAACCCGACCGCCUCUGUGCUGAGAACAACGGUGGAUGUGGAACGCUGGUCCUAGCCCACAUGUUCAGAGAUGGCCUUACGUAGGAAAAGCUUCCCGGCACCGCAGGCCCACCGCUCACCUCACCAUGACCCAAUGCUGCACACAACUCACUUUUUGGCUUCACUUCUCAAGGGUUGGUGAACAGACUGAAAAGGGAUUGUGCUGUUCGUCUAACGUUGGUGUGUGUGUGUCAGUAUAGAGGUUUUUCAUGUGAUCUCACUGCUCUUGUCUGCACCCAAGGACCUUUUACAGAGAUAAUCUUUGUCCUUGGUCUCUAACAGCAGCUCAGCAUCAGUAAAUGUUUUUCUUUUCAAUCUCUGAAAGUAUUUUAUCUGUGUUCUCCACCAGAAAUCAAACAUUUUAUUGGCUUUAUGAUGAUUAUAAAAUACUUUGGAUGUUUGAGUAAAGCACUGCCAAAUGAUUAAAUCAAUCAUGUCAAUUGGAUUGGAAGAAAAAUUGUUGAGUUGCAGGAGAAAUACGAUUUUGGGAUCAUCAUAUUUGUAGAUUUUCUUUUUGUAUUUUUGAUGUCUGAUUUGUUUUUUGUUUUUUUGCCCAAAAAUUAUAGAUUUUUUUUUCUGUGUUGAGUUUUGAUCACAAGAACCAGAAAGAACCCAUUCCAGGCAUGUGUUUACAUUAGUGUGUGCGUGCGUGUGUGUGUGUGUGUGUUUGUUUCAGCUGUAACACUGCUCAUUGUAGUCAAAGAUGAAAUUGAACAAAGAAAAAUAAAAAGAUGCAUCGAGGAAAAAACGGACCAGAUUGAUGUUAUAGAAACACAAUGUUUGUUUUGUUUGUUUAGACCUGGGUUGAGAUCACAUGACACCCAAAGCCUGUGCUACAAAAUAAUUAUCUUUUUCUGAGGUUCAGCUUUGUUUUCUGUGUCAGGUUCUGCAUUCAAAGGAAAAGAACGUCUGACUCCUCAGGCUUUGGACAUCAAACCACUUCUAUCUAAAAGUUGCUAUCCGGAGUUUUCCCCUUUGAGUAAUUCUGUAUGAUUUUUCAGAAAUCCAUAAAAGUUAUUGUCUUAUGUACUGUGAUAUGUUGGCAAUUUGUCUUUUUCUUUUUGCUAAGCCCGCCCUGUCCCAUAGCGCUCCAUACAAUGUGAACUGUCCACCAUACACUGUCGAAGAAGACGCAAAUACUUAUUUUUUUUUCUAAAUAAAGGAUUUAAGUACCUCUA